AUGUCUUGCCCAAUUUCAUCCUGUAAAAUUACGAAAAUUGAUGAAUCAAUGAUCUCUUGCUGGCUCUGCUUGGAAUCAUUUCAUGCUAAAUGUGCUGUAUUGGCCACACGUACUGUGGACAAUCUUCGUGAAGAUAAAGAAUUUAAUUUGAUAGCUGAGCGUUUUAAAAAAUUUAAAGAUUUACUCGAUGAAUCUUCAAGUCUUGAAGAUUCUCUCCGUUCUCCAAAUGAUAAUUCACGUAAAAGGAAGAAGUUAAAGACAAACAAAACAACUGAUCAAGCACCUUUGAGUAUUAAUACUGGAAAUACUGGUACUGGAAAUAAUUCAACUUUGCCAAUUCCGAAUACUGAUUCUGAUGUGACUCAAGCAGAAAAUUCAAAUUUUAGGAAAACUGAACUGAUUACUGAUACUCAAGUUGGAAAUUCUAAUUUAAACAAUGCGACAACUGCAUCGCUUAAUUCUCCAAGGCCUUUGAGGGUUAUACCUCCUAUGAAAACUGUUUUUGCUGCUCGUUUUGCUGCAGUCACAUCUGAAGACGAUAUGAGAUAUUAUAUAAAGUCCAAGCUGAACUUAGAUGUGAAUUUAAAAAUAUUUAAGUUUCAGUACAGAGACACACGCAACACGGCAUCAUUUCGAAUUAUGGUACCUGACUCUGUUUUUGAAACCGUGGUUAGUCCUGACUUUUGGCCACCGAGGGCUUUAGUACAGGAAUAUAUAUACAAAGAAAGGAUUCGUACAAAUAUUGCGCAUUUGCCUACACGUUCUGAAGAUUUACCAAAAAACUAA